GAAAUUUUGACAGGUGGAUCCGACGGGGACACAGGAUUAGUGUUGAGAAAGCACCCCACAUAGCCAACACUAUCUUAUAUUGUAAUUGUAAGUUGUAGAUAAGGAAAAUUUGAGACGGCUUGGCUUAGAAGUGGAUGGUCUCAUCAAAAUUGACUGUAUGUGUAUGUGCAUCAAGAUCAGAAGGGUAGCUAGUUAGCAUAAUGCUAAUUUAUGCCCCAAGUCCAGUGGUUUUUAAUACAACAAGCACAUCAUCCUAUAUUCUUGCCGGAGCUGUCAAAAGCAGUAGCAAUAUAAACAAGAGCACAGGCUAUAUCACCAGAGGCAGCAGCAGAUUCAGCAUGACCAUUACGAGCUUGUUUGCUGCUGGCGCAGUUUUAGCCUCAGCAGCUGCAGGAGCAAGUAUUGAGGCACCCCAACAACAACAACAACAACAAGCAGAGACAGAGACUCUAUCAAACAUACCACAAACACUGUCAGGUGGGGAGUGUGCAUCAGUAUCUCCUAAGGAUUGCAAGAAGGCUAGGAUCCAACGGCCCAAGUCAAGGAAAGCAGAGUCAUGCACUAUCAAGUGUGUCACCACUUGUAUCCGGGGCGGUGAAGGCUCCCCUGGAGAAGGCCCUCUCAAUGUUAGAAGGCCUAUAGUGGUUUUCAAGCAAGGAUUCCGAAGCCGUAAUUACUGUUUGGUGGAGUGCUCCGAUAUUUGUAAUUUGAUCGGAGAUGCAGAUGAUGGACCUUAAUUUGUAAAUUCCUUUCUCUCAAUUUGAAAUACACUCGAGUCUUCUUCUUUUUCUUUCAAUAUACAGAGGUAGAACUAGAAGCUUAUGUUCAUGUUUCAUAUUUAUGUUCAUUCAAGCUCUCUAUCUCAAUUUCAACAAAAGAUGUUUAGGUUAAUCUAGAUGUAUCAUCUUCCUUACUAUUUAGGAAGAUUUCUUGAGUUUGAAUGACAUAAUAGCAGUUUUUCUUGAA